AUGACGUUCGAAGGGAAUAAAGAUGAGGCCGAGAGGUGCAUUGAAAUUGCGCAAAAUGCCUUUGCUGCUGGUAAUUAUGAGAAGGCCGAGCGAUUCCUGAUGAAAUCUGAACGUAUGUAUCCCACUGCGCGGGCCAAGGAUCUCCUGACGGUGGUUAGAGCAGCCAUACCGACUGGGUCUGCUCCGAAACGUACCCCGCCUAGCAGCCCAUCUGAAGAUGUCAGGCGCAGGAAGACUCCAGCCCCUCAGCCAGAGAAGAGAGAGUACUCCCCAGAACAGUUGGAAGCCGUGCGAAGAAUCAACACGAAGUGCAAGGAUUAUUACGAAAUAUUAGGUGUUUCAAAAGAGGCAACAGACUCCGACAUAAAGAAAGCGUACAAGAAGUUAGCUCUACAAUUACAUCCGGACAAGAACCAUGCUCCUGGGGCAGCAGAAGCUUUCAAGGCUAUCGGCAACGCGGCCGGUGUCCUGACGGAUCCUGAGAAGCGAAAGCAGUACGAUGUUCGUGGGGAGGAGCCGGCCCACACGCCUCACACACAUCAUCAGUAUUAUGCUAGGGGCUUCGAGUCAGACCUCACCGCUGAGGAGCUCUUUAAUAUGUUCUUUGGUCAUACAGGUAAUUUCACAGCUUUCUCGGCCGGUGGCCCGACGGUCUACCGCCGGAGAGCCCGCGAGCCGGAACAGCGGGAGAACCACGCGGGUCUCAUCCAGCUGCUGCCGAUCGUGGUGCUGAUACUCCUCUCGAUGAUGUCAGGGUUCUUCAUCAGCGAGCCGGUGUACAGCCUCACGCCUAGCUCCAAGUAUCCAGUGCCGCGGGAGACUGUUACACUCAAGGUUCCAUAUUAUGUGAAAGACAAUUUCCACACCGACUAUCAAGGGUCACUCCGGAGACUGGAGAUGGCUAUAGAAGAGGAAUAUAUUGUGAGUCUUCGCCACGCCUGUCAGCGCGAGCGCAACUACAGGGACAGUCUCGCGUGGAAGGCGCGAAACUUCGGCGACGCGUCGCAGUACGCCGAGGCUAAUCGCAUGCGCAUGCCGAGUUGCGAGAAGUUAAACAAGUACCAACGAUAG